AUGGUUUUUAAUUCAUGUAUAUAUUCAGUUGUUGCACUUCAACAAGAUAUGCGAGAUGUUGAAGGUGAUCGUGUUCAAGGAAGACGAACAUUUUCUGUCACAAUGGGUAAUCGGAAAGCAGCACAAUUAAUUGCUAAAAUUCCAUUUUGUGCAUUAUUGUUUAUUCUUAUUGAAGCAAGUCUAGUUGAACAAGUGCAUAUAGUGAGCAGAUCAACGUAUAUGCUAAUCAAUUGUCUUCCAUUUGGAAUACUGAUUAUACGAAAUUUAUUUUUAUAUGAUGUGCGUAAAACAUAUGAAUUCUAUGUUCAAUUGACUUUCUUUUUUUAUAUAUUUGCGAUGCCAAUUAUUAAAACUAAUUGA